UCGCUCUGGGAAAAUGGCGGCUGACGGCGGCGGCGGCGGCCGCGGCGGCGGCGGCGGCGGCCGCGGCGGCGGCAAGUGCACGGGGCCCGCCCGCCCCGCUCCGCAGGGGCAGAGGGGGAGGGGACGAAGCUGCCCGCCGCCAUUUUGCUUGUGGGCUGCCGCCCGCCGUUGCCUCUCCACGGAGGCUAGAAGACAGCCAACUGGAGACAGAGCGGUGGACAGAAUCUCCGUCUAUUUCACAAGAUGCAUUCAACAAUUCACCUCUGGCCUCCAGCGCCGGGUGAACUCGGUUGGGGUGUCACUCGACGCCCACUAGGGGCUGAGGCGGCUCCAGUGCGCAGGCUCCGAGCACCACAUAAAAGCGGAGCUGGCGAGUCCCUUGCCGUCUCGAUGGAGGAGCGAGAAACGGAAGAGGUCGGGGGGAGAAGCAGCAGGAAAAAUACAGCCACCAUCAGCGCCGCCUCCCUGCCACCGAGUAUCGGGCUUAUAAUGCCACUUCCAGUUUGCCGCGGCGCACACUGCUCAGACUGACCCCGGCGCGACCGCCAUCUUCGGAAGCGCUGGGAGCGUUAUGUCCGUUGUCCUGCGUGCCGAGCGGAAAUGACUCUUCAUUCUUGAGUCUCUGCUUGGCGAGGCCAGAGCAAUGAUGUCCCUGCUACGGGAAGGACCUGUGUUUGAGUUCUGAGUCCCCCAUCACCUGUUACCAGCUGUGUCCAAAUUUAAAAGGUUACGUAAUUUCACUGAGUCUCUUGUUGAUGGAUCAAGUGAGAUAAUGCACACAGAGCCCUUAGAACAAUACCUGGCAUAUAGUAUCUAGCAUAAAGGUUAAAUGAAAAUAAGGAAAAGGUUAAAGGAUUUAAUCGAGCACCUAUUUGCUCAAUAUUAUGUUAGUUGUGUUAGGUAAGGAUUCACCCCAUCCCCAUAAGAAUGGCCUCCUACCUGAAAGAGCUGGUGUUUGUCCAGUAUGUUUACCAGCUCCCAGUCAUCCUUUCAAGUUCCUGGUUCCUAAGGGAAGUUUGUGCUCGUAUUCAACUUGCGCCUUAUUGCAGAGCUUUGUACUGGUUGAGCAUUCUGUAGGGUUGAUGGACAAGCGUAAGUUUGGAAUGACUGUAACAUCAUCGUGUUUUUAUUUCACAGGGAAAAUGGAGAUGAAGAGGUAGGCAGAUACAUUUUAGGCUGCUGCCUGCACACAGGCUAUAAUGCUUCCCAACCCUUGCCCCCUACCAUUUGGAACCAGGUGCAGAUUUGGGGAGCCGCGGGGGACGGGGGGUGGGGUGAGUCUCAAAAAAAGAUCAAGCGAAAGAUGCUAGAUUUUCAGUUGCACUAAUGAUUCUAAUAGUUGUCUAUGAUUCUUGUGAUAAUUUAUAAGGGAAUGAUAGCGAAUUAAACAUACAAAAGAUGAUUUUUCACCAAAAAAUGAACAAACUCCAAACUUGUGACUAAUUCAUUCAUGAGUCUUGAGGCGUUGAGGAAUAAUUAGGACUUUUCUCUUCGGGCUCAGUUGUUAACUUGUUUCCAUUGAUUUCUGCAUUCCCCGCAGGACUUUUAAGUCCUUGCCCCUUCAGACUAACUAUUCUCACUGCUGCAUAACUGAGGCUGAAUAAUACCUUCGAACACCACAACUCCCACUGUGGAGUGAAAUUAUCUGAUCCUCACACUGGUUAAAGAGGUGGAGGUUCUUUAUACUUUAGAACUUUUUUAGUGUAAGUUAUACUACAAUUAUGUAGUAUAAAUAAAACCAAAAAUGAAAUAUUUUUAAUGUUUAAUGACGUGGAAAGAUGAACAUGUAUAGUCUGAUGAAAUCACAUGUACAUUAUCUCAUUUUUGUAAAAAAAAAUUCUGUAUUAGGAUAUGCAUCAAAUGUUAAUAUUUCCUCUUUGUUUUUUAAAAUGUUCUGCAGUGCUGAGGUAUUGCUCUUGUAAUAGCGGAAAAUAAAAGUUAUUUUGUAAACUGUCUCUGUGACUUAGAUGAAUAUUCUGUUAGCUAACGCCUCAAUUUCCAUAGAGGUAAACAAAUAAUGUCAGUUUGAUAAAUCAAGAAAUAGAAACAUAAACAUAUUAUUCAGGAAUCUGGAGUUACCUCUAAAAGAUGUCUUUUGAGGGUGAGGAUGGGGUCAUGUUCCUUUUCAUUUAAAGCUCUUGGAUAUAAGUGUGGGGGGAUUUCUUUUUAAAAAAAUAUAUGUAUGUU